GUCACUCGUAGGGCCAGGAGGGCAGAAAAGAUGCAGAACCACUGACUGUGUAGCAAAUGCCCGGAAAAGACUUGAGAGUUCAUUUCUAUACUGGUGAAGAUCAAUUAUAAAUUUCUUCUGCUGAGUUGUGAAAUUCUGUUUAAUCUUCAAACUGGCGAUGUCAAGGGUGCCGAGUCCUCCUCCUCCGGCAGAAAUGUCGAGUGGACCUGUAGCAGAGAGCUGGUGCUACACUCAGAUCAAGGUGGUGAAGUUUUCCUACAUGUGGACCAUAAACAACUUUAGCUUCUGCCGAGAAGAAAUGGGUGAGGUCAUCAAAAGCUCAACCUUUUCAUCUGGAGCCAAUGAUAAACUCAAAUGGUGUUUACGUGUGAACCCUAAAGGCUUGGAUGAAGAAAGUAAAGAUUAUCUAUCCCUCUAUCUGUUGCUGGUGAGCUGUCCAAAAAGUGAAGUUCGAGCAAAGUUCAAAUUCUCCAUCCUGAAUGCUAAAGGAGAAGAAACAAAAGCAAUGGAGAGCCAGCGAGCAUAUCGAUUUGUACAAGGCAAGGACUGGGGAUUCAAAAAAUUUAUUAGAAGAGACUUUCUUUUGGAUGAGGCCAAUGGACUUCUUCCAGAUGACAAACUCACUCUCUUCUGUGAGGUGAGUGUGGUACAGGACUCUGUCAAUAUCUCCGGCCAGAACACUAUGAACAUGGUGAAGGUACCAGAGUGUCGCUUGGCAGAUGAGUUGGGAGGACUCUGGGAGAAUUCACGCUUCACGGACUGCUGUCUGUGCGUUGCAGGCCAGGAGUUCCAGGCUCACAAAGCCAUAUUGGCAGCGCGUUCCCCAGUUUUCAGCGCCAUGUUUGAGCAUGAGAUGGAAGAGAGUAAAAAGAAUCGGGUUGAAAUCAAUGAUGUGGAGCCUGAAGUUUUUAAGGAAAUGAUGUGCUUUAUUUACACGGGGAAGGCACCAAAUCUUGACAAAAUGGCUGAUGACUUGCUGGCAGCUGCUGACAAGUAUGCUCUAGAACGUCUGAAGGUGAUGUGUGAGGAUGCACUGUGCAGUAACCUGUCUGUGGAAAAUGCAGCCGAGAUCCUCAUUCUAGCUGACCUACAUAGUGCUGAUCAACUGAAAACUCAAGCAGUGGACUUCAUUAACUAUCAUGCUUCUGACGUCAUGGAGACAUCAGGCUGGAAGUCUAUGGUAGUAUCGCAUCCCCAUUUGGUGGCUGAGGCGUAUCGCUCUUUGGCCUCUGCACAGUGCCCCUUUCUGGGACCCCCACGUAAGCGACUGAAGCAAUCCUAAAGUCCUGUCUGGUCACACCACCCCAUGUUUUUCUGGAAGCAGCACCAGCUGUUGCUGCUGUAACCUUGACCACCAGGUAGACAGCGAAAUCUGUGGAGCUUUUACUCUGUUGUUGGGGGGAAGAGACUGCUUCGUGACACCCAGACUUUUUAAAACAGCACCAAGUAAC